CUGGUACCAACUCACGCCCUCCUUGCGACAAGUGGCGCGGUCGAUUUUUUCCGGCAAGGGCCUCGACCUGAGCCACCCAGAGAAGCCAGCGGUAAUUGCAGCGAAUGACAUAGUACUACUGGAGGGAGGAAGUGGCGCUGACAAGAACACGAGUAAGCAAUCCCAGGACAGUGGGGGCCCACCCCUGGCUGUCAGUGCAUCAACGUCCAAGGAGGUAUUCCUUGAUGCGCAGAGCGAGCACCCGCUGCCUGGCAGUGCAGGUGCAGGAAUCGCUCCACCUACGUCGUCCAGUGUGAAGACGAGAAACUCGAACAGAUACAACGUGGAUCAAGACGACGACAGCCACAGCGACAGCAUGUCUGUUUCGGUCGUUGAAAUUAUGGGCGGAGGAGGUAGCAAUGGUGGGUCCUUUUUCGGUCUCGGCAACUGGCUUGGAUUCUUGUUCGGAUGUACCGAGCGGGACAAGAGCACAAUCGGUGGGGGAGAGGGAUACAGUCCGGGCCUGCAUCUUUCCUCUGCAGGGAAAAAAAUACUGCUGGCACUGGAACAAGGUACUACCCAAACCUAGUUCGCAUCUGAAGCAACGUCAUAGAAGACUACUUCGAUUGAUCAUUUUUAUUUUCCUCCAAAGAGAGAUUUCCAUUUCUGUUAGUCUUAGUCUCAUUCUGAUUGUACCACAUGCGCCGCGAAGAUGAAGUCGACAAGUCGCGUCGAGUUCUAACUACGCUAGCUACAGAAUGUUACUCAGUCAUAGUUAUGAACAGGAGGAGAAAAUCUGAGCAGUUUGUUUCAUCCUCAAUGGUCUCCUGAACAACAUCAACAUGAAGGUAAGGGGCUGAGCAGUGCGCCAUUCCCGACGCAUGCUGUGAGCUCGCUGCCGCCCUCAUCGCGUGCGUCUUCGCCGACUUUGCUUUCGCCCCGGCGCACAGGAGUGAACAUGCCCGCACUACCGUUGGGGCGGCUGCCGCCGCGCUACAACCUUGGCUGCGGCUCCGUUCCGCGAACGCCGCCACCCCCGGGAGUCGCGAGAGGAGCCGGAGGCACUGCUGGUAGUGGAGCUACGAACAUUCCGGGGCAGCAGCCCGCCAACUCGCCCAGUCUCAUUCCGCCCGACUUGGAAGAUAUCUUCGCAUCGCGAAGCCAGCGGUAAGUAUUUUUUUUCAAAUAAAAUCAGGAGACGACGAAAGUAAAAGUAGACUGAGAUUGAUUUUAUGUAGAGAUACAGGAACUGGAACUUUAAACUGAAAGUUUGCCGUGGCCUACAACUAAAAGAUGAGCAGCAGGAAAAUUCGCAUGAAAGUAGGGAGGUAGAAGCAAAUUUAACUUUAUUCUUCAGGGCCAGUAAGGAGAGCAGCGUUUGUGCGACGGGGGGAAACACAAGCACGAUGCCGGUAACGCCGCAUCUGCAUACGCAAGAUGGUCCUUCGGCGUCGAAACAUGAGGAGUUCCGUAUUAACGAACAAGACCUAGAUUCGAGUUUCGGAGGCGGCCCGAAUCCAGGAGAUCUGAUGGAGCUUGAGCAUUCCUACUACACCACAACGCUAGAUCGUGUUGCCGAGUUGGAGCAGGCCAAUUUUUUGUUGCGUCAACAGGUCUCGGAAUUGAUGGAACAGAUGCAACUCGCACAGCAAGGAGAACCGGGGGUUGGUGGACGAGGUGCUUCCGUCUCAACAAAAGGCGCGAUUGGGGUAAACAGUAAUGUUGAAGGAGAGCAGACCGAAUUACAAGACGCGGAAGACGGGGAAAGGUACGACGUGGAACCUGAGGUUGUGGAGCAGAGGCCGCAAAAAGUUCUGCGCAACAGCCGAGGAUUGGCGUGCAAACAGCAAAGCAUAAGACCAGCAGAGGGGACAAAGCUUCUCAUGGCGAAGACAAAUACAGUCGAGGACGAGAUUACGGAAGCGUCAGGUUGGAAAUUUCCAAAAUGGAGUUUAUAAAAAGUUUGCCGUGCAUUUGUAUUUCUUUGCAUAAAAAAAUCCCAUUUUGAGGACUUAGUGGCACCAGUUGCAGUUCCAAGGGGCCACGCGUGACGAAUAAUUUUGUCCAUGUCUAGACUGCAUCUGUCGUACGCUCUUGUCACGCUCUUCAGAAAGGGCAAGCCCCCAAUUGAGCCUCAUCAGGGUCGUUCGAAUCGGUCUCUUUUGUCUUCUCUGCGUGACACUCUGGGUCGCAUUUCAGAGUGUCGCAAAUUAUUGUCACUUUGCAGAUUUUGUAACUGACACUUCCAGAAACACGAACGAUCAGUCGUCGAGCCGGGCCAGCACCGAAGCAGUCUACGCGGAACACGCAACACGGUCAUUGCCCACGACAACAUCGGAAGAAGAAAAUCGGACGGCAUUCGAUACCGCGCGAAAGUGUGAGAAGGCCCAAUACUAGCUUGACAUUAUGUACAUGCACAUGUAAAAAGCAAAAGCAGAAAGUCGAGCACUUCUUGUAGAUCUAGAUUUCGUUUAUAUGAUUGUGAUUGAAUACUCAUAGUCAUUACACGGCGCUCUGUAGCUUCGUUCGGUCAAGCGAGUAUUUAAUUGCGGGGGCAGUGGUGCUGGCGGGGGUAUUUCCACCUCAAUUUAAUCAUAAACUACAUGAGUCAGACUCAGACUGUAGCUAUGGCGACGCACCGAGUAUGUCAUCAUUUUGAUUUGUUGUGUCUCUCACUCGACUCUGUUUUCUAGUUCUAGUUCUACUGGGCCUGAUCUUCUUUAUGGUCAGUGGCUUUAUCGUAUACUUGUUUCACCCUGUCCUUUCUGCAUAGGCUGCACUGCCCCCCGCGCCUGUUGAAGCAGUCGCAGUCAUGAAUCGAUCGGUGCUGCAUUUGCAGAAGAUAGAGAUACGCCAGCGACGAAGGGCGAGUAUUAAUGACGGAUGAGAACGAGAAGCUGAUGAUCCUGAUGCUUCAACAACAAGAAAUUGAAAUGCAUAUAGCGAAUAAAAAUCAGACAUCAAGAUUUCUGCUAUUCGUGGCCUUGAAAUUUUCGCUUCUUUUCUUGCCAGUGACAGGAGCUCGGUUUGAGCGUGCUGAUGAAAGUCGAAGCACACGAUAGCAAU